GAUCAUCCACACACCAAUCACACAGCGCUAACAACCCCACAGACUGCGGGGUGGACUGUAUCAUACCCAACAAUUAUCUUAACAUUACUAUUUCGUACCUCUCUUCCCCAUCACAUAUAUGACCAUAGAUACUUCAUUGUGAUUCAGUCAAUUCCGUACCAAGAAAUCAACACACUCCUUUCUCUGAACUCAGACCACGUUUCCUCCUUUGACAGGUUUCCUUCUCUAUUGUGAUCGUCACCAGACAACUCGUACCUGCAGAUACAUCCACUCUUACCACUAAUUCUCUUGGGUACUUAAGGUACGUACUGGAACAGACCUCGAAUCGAACAGACAGUAUACAACAUACAACAUACAACAACAAACAAGACUUUCAAUACGCAAGAUAUUCUUUCAAUUCCCACUUCACAAACAACAACAUCAUCAUCACCCGCACUUCUCAAACUCAUACCCACAAAACAAAAUGGCAUCCGGUGGCGCCUCUCCUCUCUCCGCCGCUUCUCCUGUCCCCUCCCUUCGCGAAUCAACCAACCCAUCCAUUUCCUCCCCCUUAGCCCAAACAACCAAUUCUUCAUCCACCUCUCCACCCCCAACGAAGAUAUGCGUCUUCUGCGGUUCUUCUCCGGGCAUCUCUCCUUCCCACAUGGCCAUGGCCCGUUCUCUCGCCCAGCACAUGGCUUCGCAGAACAUAUCACUCGUCUACGGUGGCGGCACUGUCGGGCUCAUGGGCGAAGUAGCUCGAACCCUCGUUGCACUAUCUGGUCCCACUGCUGUGCAUGGUAUCAUACCCGCUCCAUUGGUGAAAUAUGAGCGCGGGCCCAACAGCGAGACGGCCAGUAUUCAUAGCAGGGAAAACGGAACUGGGACACCAGAAAACGGGGACGGACUUCCUGAAUAUGAGAUUUAUGGUAGAACUACUGUAGUGAAAGAUAUGCACGCGCGGAAAUCAAUGAUGGCUAAAGAAGUUAUUGCUGGGGGUCCGGGUUCGGGCUUCGUUGCGUUGCCCGGUGGCUAUGGUACCUUGGAGGAAUUGAUGGAAGUAGUUACCUGGAAUCAGUUGGGUAUUCAUACGAGAGGUAUUGUAGUACUCAAUGUAGAUGGAUACUGGGAUGGACUAAUGGCGUGGGUCAAAAAUUCUGUAGAGGCUGGAUUUGUGGGAGAGGCAAAUAAGAAUAUUGUGGUGGACUGCAAAACGGCCGAAGAGACGAUCCAGGCAUUGAAGGACUACAAGUUGACAGAGGGAAGAUUCAAACUGGAGUGGGGAAAUGAAUAGACAGAUAUCCCAUUCCUCGAGGGAUACCUGUCAAAGUAGUAGGGAGAUGUUGCAUUCACAGAUACGUUAGCCUUGUCUUUACAUUUUGGACAUGGCCCUUAACAUUUUAGAUUUUGGCAAUGCAUAUUCAGCAUGGAUGAUAGCAUAUAGAAUAUCAAAGUAUUAGUAUCA